CUUUAUGGGAUUUGGAAGUGAUUACACAUUUUCAUUGUUUUUGCUCUAUCUCUUAUAGUUUUUGAGAAGAACGGACUUUUAAGCUCUCAGUCAUAAAACUGAUUUUUGAUAAAAAUUUAGAAGUGAUUACAGAUCUUGCAACUAAUUAGUUGAAUUCUAACACUGAAAGCAGCAACAUGAAAUUUGAACUUCUAGUAUUGAGUCUGGUAUUUGUCAGUUUAGCAUUAAAAGCUAAAGUUUCAGCAGAAGUAACUAUUGGUACAUAUGCCGAUCCAAGUCAUCCUGGUCAAUGUGUGUUGCAACAAUUAGUUUUAUCUCCCGGUGCAGUAGCUAAACAUCCAGAGAUGUGUGCCAAAAUUACCUGCCACGAUAAUAGCAAAGCUUCCAUAGUCACUUGUGCUGCCAUGAUACCACCUGAAGGCUGUACAGUGGGUGAACCUGUUGAUCCUGAGGCCAAUUAUCCUAACUGUUGUCGCAAGAAAAUUAUUUGUAACAACGGUUUGGUCUUUAAUAGUUAGACAAAAGUAUUUAUUGUGUAUUUAUAGUUUUACUUAGUUGUAAUGAAAAGUAAUUGUAAUAAAGUUUUGUUAUUUAUUGUUAAA